CCUUUCAAAUUACAUGCCCCGGGGGGAAGUCCUAUAACUGGUUGCUGCGCUAAAACCCUAGUCCUCGAAAACCAUCGGCUGCUGGCGGGAAAUUAUUUUGGUCAUCAUCCUCGGCGGCCGUCUCUGGCAUUUUCUUUAACCGUCUGGCAUUCCAAGUAUCAAGUACUACUGAGUAGCUGCAAUUAAGAUGGGUCGUGUGCGCACCAAGACAGUGAAGAAGUCCUCUAGGCAGGUGAUUGAGCGGUACUACUCCAAAAUGACACUGGAUUUCCACACAAACAAGAAGUUGUUGCAGGAGGUAGCUAUAAUUCCUUCAAAGCGUCUCAGGAACAAGAUUGCUGGGUUCUCCACCCAUCUCAUGAAGAGGAUUCAGAAGGGUCCUGUUCGAGGUAUCUCACUCAAGCUGCAGGAAGAAGAGCGUGAGAGACGCAUGGACUUUGUGCCUGAUGAAUCUGCUAUUAAGAUUGAUGUUAUUGAAGUUGACAAGGAGACCAUUGAAAUGCUCACUGAACUUGGUAUGGCUGACCUUCCUGGGGUUGUCAAGCAGGCAGCUGAGCCCCAGGCACUACCUUCUGCUCCUGCAUAUGGGCGAGGUGGUUUUGCCAGGAGAUACUGAAGUGCUUUAAUAUAUUUUUGGGCUCUCACACUCAAUAGCUUUAGAAACUGCUGACCACCUUUGGUUGUUAGGACUCAUCAUUUUCUUUUUUAGCAUAAAUGGUUAAGCCUAGGUGGAGCUUAUGCCAUGUUAAAUGAGAGCUUGACACCAUAUAUUUGAGCUUCUAGUUUCUGGUUUAUUUGCAUCUUUUUUAUCCGGCUGCUCUCUUUCAUGGAUAUCAUCUGAAUUACCCAAGAUUUUUGACUUGUAUACUGUUUAGUACUAGUAAUUUCUUUAUCUUUA